AUGGUUCUACGUUCCUCUUACCACUCCCUCCAUCCUUCCCUCCUCCACACACCCUUUCACUCACUCUUCCCCCUCACGACACACACCUGUAACCACUGUGAAUUCCUCCCCACUCCUCCCUUCAUACCUGCACCACUUAAGACCACUCUUCACCACACUCACUCCCCCGCUCGCCCUGCAGAAACGCCAUGCCAACCAAGAGAGCAGCCUGCUACUUCAGGAGCAGAGGCAGGAGCUACAACUGCCGCCACAGAAGAAGCCCGAGGCAGCGCCGGUCCUGGCAGCAGUAACAGCAGCAGGGGCAAGCAGCCUGUACGGCCGUUUGAGGAGUGUGAGGAUGAGGACGAGCUCUCCUGGCGCCUCCCCUGCAGCACACUCAGAGAAAUAGCGGACGAUGCAGCCUUGAGGCAGCAAUUGAGGGACCACGAGUUGCAACGCAUGCUGCUUCUCAUCGACAGCUCGUCGCAUCCAGAAGCAAACUUUUUCAUUGUUCUUCCUCACACCAAGCUCAAGACAUUGAAGCUCUCUUUCCAAGCUCAACACCUCACACCAAGCUCAACACAUCACACCAAGCUCAACACCUCACACCAAGCUCAACACUUCACACCAAGCUCAACACCUCACACCAAGACAUCAACAAUAGGUUUACAUCAGCAUCUUGACUUUAGGCUGCACCGAGUUUCAAAGUCUCCAGUUGAUUAUUUUGUGCAGGGAAAACCAGAACUGAUUCACACUAUCAGCAUCACUUGA